AAAAUUUAAUAAAACCAACCCAAACGAAAAAUAUGGGCCCGACCCAGACCCGCCAAGUCUUGAAUUAGAGAACCGCCAUAUGAUAUCAUACCUUCAUACCAGAGUUGGAAUCUUCUACUCCUCUCAGCUUAUGGUCUUCUCCCUUAUCACGCCUCUGCUCGCUGCUUAUAAAUUAUCCAAACCGCUAAACCCUUGUAUGGCGACACCCUCAAUUCGAUCUCCGAUCAACACCCGAUCUCCGAUUAAUACUCUCCGCUUCCAUUCCACCAUCGAUGGCCGCCGACACCUCCGCUGAACUCCAGAAAAGCAACAUAAUUUCGACGCCGGAGUACCAGCCAGAUGUUUCCGCGGCGGCGGCGCACGACGGGCUGAAAUUCUGGCAGUUCAUGAUUGCCGGCUCCGUCGCCGGCAUGGCGGAGCACAUGGCGAUGUUCCCGGUCGACACGAUCAAAACGCAGAUGCAAGCCCUAAGUUCCUGCCCGAUCAAAUCCGCCACGGUCAAUCAGGCGGUCCGAUCCAUCCUGAAAUCCGACGGAGCCCGCGGCCUCUACCGCGGCAUCGCCGCCAUGGGGAUCGGCGCCGGCCCCGCGCACGCCGUCUACUUCUCCGUCUACGAGGCGUGCAAGAGGAGUUUCUCCGGCGGGAACCCUAACAACUCGGCCGCGCACGCCGCUGCGGGGGUGUGCGCCACCGUGGCGAGCGACGCGGUGCUGACGCCGAUGGAUGUGGUGAAGCAGAGGCUCCAGCUGCGGGGCACUCCGUACGGCGGGGUGUGGGAUUGCAUGAGGAGGGUGACGAGGGAGGAAGGAAUUAGGGCGUUUUUCGCCUCUUACAGGACUACUGUGGUGAUGAAUGCGCCUUUCACGGCGGUGCAUUUUGCGACGUACGAGGCGGCCAAGAGAGCGUUGAUGGAGGUGUCACCGGAGAACGCGGCUGAUGAGAGGUUCUUGGUUCAUGCUACGGCUGGAGCGGCGGCGGGGGCUUUGGCUGCUGUUGUGACGACGCCGCUAGAUGUGGUUAAGACUCAAUUGCAGUGUCAGGGUGUAUGUGGAUGCGAUAGAUUCGUGAGUGGUUCAAUCGAAGAUGUGUGUCGAACAAUAGUGAAGAAAGAUGGGUACAGAGGGCUAAUGAGGGGAUGGAUGCCGAGGAUGCUCUUCCAUGCUCCAGCUGCCGCAAUUUGCUGGUCUACAUAUGAAGCUGCCAAAACCUUCUUCCAACAAAACAACCAAGAUAGGUUGUUAUAGAUACUCAAAUUUUCUCCAUUUAAUUUUCCGCGCCUAAUGUACAUAACAUACACCAAGAGAUAUUAUUUAUAGUCAAUAACAACAGUUUAUAGGUUUCAA